AUCAAAUUUUCAGCAUUCAACAGUGUAAUCAAAUUUCAAAUUUUCCAGGAAUUCUACAGGAUUGAAGUUUUGCAGUUGUCCGUUUCAAUCCAAUCUAGGAAAUUUAGAAGUAAACUUACAAAGGCAGGUGCUACAGUUUUGAAGUAACAUUAGAAGAAAUGUCUGAUAAAGAAAACAAAAGUCGUCUCAGUAGCAUCAGGUCUUGUCCAAUAGGUGAUGAUGGAGCCAAAAGUACCUUGACGAAGAAUCGAAUCAGCCGAAAUUUCACCGGAGUAGGAGGAUGUCAAUCUUUAAAUAUUCCUCCGAAACCAGGUGCUAAACCAAAUUUCCUCAUUCCGAACUCAAAGAAUACCAGAAUCACUUCCAGUUCAGAUCAUCUACCUCAAUCAAGAAAUGGUAAUUUGUCCUCAGGGAAUCAGUCCAAAGUAGCAACUUCUCAUGCAGUUAGAAGAUCUCAUUCGGACGCAAGCAAAACAAGUAAUAGUAAAUCAAACCCCGGACCAAGUAUUCCUGUGCGAUACUCUGCAAACUUUGGAGGAGCAUCAGCGACUAGUAAAUUAGUGAAGAAGUCGACGAGUCAAGUUGUAGUCAAUAAUAACUCCAAAAUCGUAGGAAAAACGCAAAUGAGUGAAAAACCAUCUAAAGUGGUAGACUCAUCUGAGAAGGUAUCAGCCGAAAAAACGGUUCACCAGCCUACGGAAGUUGCUGUUGAAUCGAAGCCAUCCUUGAGCGACGACACAAUCAAGAAAGCCACCUCUACAUAUGAUGCCCAAAAGGAAGCAAGGUUGAAAUCUGAUGCUCAAAUGGGUCUUUCAAGCAACACUAACAGCAAUGAGAAAAAAUGGACUCUGCAAGACUUUGAUGUAGGACGUGCACUCGGUAAAGGUAAAUUCGGAAAUGUUUAUCUAGCUCGUGAGAAGAAAUCGAAGUACAUCGUUGCCCUCAAAGUUUUAUUCAAAAGUCAAAUUUUAGAAGCUAAUUUUGAAUAUCAACUUAGGCGAGAAAUAGAAAUCCAGACACACUUGAGACAUCCAAAUAUCUUGAAGAUGUUUGGUUACUUCCAUGAUGAGAAGCGAGUUUAUAUGAUCUUGGAAUUUGCUCCCAAAGGUGAACUCUUCAAACUGCUAAAAGCUCAGGAGAAUGGAAGAUUCACUGAAGAGGCAACUGCUAAUUACGCAGCUCAACUUUCGGCUGCUCUUCAAUACUGUCAUGAGCGAAAAGUAAUUCAUCGAGAUGUGAAACUAGAAAAUUUACUGCUUGGAGCCAAAGGUGAAUUGAAAAUAGCAGAUUUUGGUUGGUCCGUCCAUGCCCCACAAUCUAAGCGAACAACAUUAUGCGGAACAUUAGAUUAUCUUCCACCAGAAAUGAUCCUCGGCAAGGAGCAUGAUGAGAAGGUGGACAUAUGGAGUUUAGGUGUUUUGUGCUAUGAAUGUCUGGUAGGAAAGCCUCCGUUUGAAGCGCCCACUUACAAUGAAACUUAUAACCGAAUAAAAAAUGCAAUUGUUAUUUACCCUGCUCAUGUUUCAACCCUGGCACGUGAUCUCAUAUCAAAGUUACUGAAGGUGAAUCCCAGGGAACGACUCCCUCUGCAGCAGAUACUAGCUCAUGAGUGGAUCAUUAAGCAUACCUCAUCCAAAUCAUCAGAGAACACAGGCGCCUCUACCGUCUCUUUGGCUUGACCUCCAUCACUUGUGUAGUUAAUUUUAUUAUAAGCAUCUAUUUGUGAUAUUCAGAAUUCAUCAUUUUGUGAUAAACCAUUUGCUAUGCCAUCAUGGAACCUCAUCAAUAUCUGCUUACAAGAAGGAUUUUUCUCGAUAUCACUCAGCUUACCUUGGGGUGUUCUCAAAAUAACUUUUUGUACCUUCUAUUAUAUUUUUCACACUUAAAAUUGUUAUCCGUACUCCAGAAAGGGUUUGUGAGGUCCCAUUUCAGUUUCAUUGAUAAAUGAAAUUGUUUUAUUUUUGACCUGCGCUUUCAAUCAUUACUUCUUGUUUAAUAUAGGGUAUCCCAAAAUUUUCGGGAUUGAUGUUAAAUAUAGGAAGUAAGAUACCCAUUAAGCUUAGCUUGGUCUUAUUUUAAAGCUUACAUUAUUCCUGAUAGAUUGAGAUCAUAAUCAUUUUAUUUGCUUAUAAAUUGACAAAGAUAUAAGGUUUUGAAUGGAGGGAUUAUAACUUUUACCCAUUAGUUUUUUUUUUCAAUUUGAUCAAGUGUUGAAAGUCAUAAAAUUGA